AUGAGAGUAAUUAAAAGCGUUGUACUUGUGUUGAGUUCAAUCAUUGUAUUUGUUGAAGCUUAUCCAGCAAUAAUUUUAACUGAUACUAUUGAUGGAAUAUUACAAAAAUCUUCUGAAGCUGAAGGUGUAAACUACUGGGCCAUAGAUUGGACUAAUAAAAAUCCCACCAUUGGACCAUUAUCCCUAAGCAAUAAAACAAAAAUCCCAUAUGAUGAUCAACACGUCGAGGCAUUAGGUAAGAGAGAUGAAGAUCGUAAUAUAUAUAUAUUUAAUACAGAAAGUGAUCUUCAAAAGCACCCUGAAGCAUUUGAAAAUAAAAGAAACGGUAUUAUAUUAAAGGAAGACCAGAAAACAAUGUAUUAUUCCGAAAAGGAAGAUAGCUGGAUAAUACAGGAAUAUAAAAAAACUCCCAAGAAAGAUUUAAUUAUUCCUUAUACAGAUAAAAUUCCUGUGACUUCUUGUUUGGAUAGCACUCAAGGUUCAGGAGGUGGCAUUGCUAGAAGUUAUUCUUUCAGUAUUACUGCAAAUGGAAAACUUUACUUUGAAUUUUCCCAAGGAAUAGGAAGUUAUACUUUUGGUCUAAAUGCAGGUGUAUCCACAUCAACAUCUCAAACAUUUAGUUACUCAUAUUCUUGUAAUGUUGAAGAAGGAUAUGUUGGUCAAUUAUAUGUCCAACCAUUUAUGGUUCAGAUUCCACAAUCAACCACAACUCGUAUCUAUUAUGAUAAUGUUAUGCAUAAAUAUGAAAGAGGAGCAAUGCUUGAUGAGUUGCAAAGAAUGAGAGUCAUUGCCGACAGACAACCUGCUCACCAUUGUGUAGUUGUCAAAGAUGCUUCCCUUUUACAAUGCAAUGUUCCUAUAGGUGGAACCCUCCUUUACAAUGAAUUUGAUGAUGAAGAAGAAGAGGAAGAUUCAAAUUAG